AUGGAAGAAAUACAAGACGUAAGAAGUGAAACCGAUGGAAGUGGAAUCCAUCAAACAGCAACAAAUUACCAGCAGUCGGCUCCGAUGAUACGAAUUGCAGCUCAGCGCCCUCUUUCAGAAAGUCAGUACAGUACGCUUCAAGACGUUAAAAAUUCUUUAUUCACUAAUUUCAGAGAUUUCAUCGAUGAUUUGGAGGAAUAUGCACCAACGAUACCAGAUGCAGUUACCGUACAUUAUAUGAGAAAAAGUGGAGUUGAUAAUACAGAUCCUCGAUUAGUUCGACUGUUUUCUCUUGCAGCACAAAAAUAUAUGUCUGAUAUUGUUUUAGAUGCGAUGUUACAGGCUCGUAUGAAAGGUUUGGGACAAAUGAAAAAAGGAACUAAGGAGACAAAAUUUGCGUUAACAUCUGAAUUGCUGGAAUCAGUUUUAGCCGAAUAUGGUAUAAAAAUAAGGAGGCCUCCAUAUUUUAUGUAG